CAACGAUCCGCGCAUCCGCUGCAAAACGACGCAAACUCUCCUGCACGAUCUAAAAAAGUUUCCUUAAGCUACCCUGGCAAUUGAUCACUUGUCUCUGACUAUUUCUUUCCCCAUCUCGCUGCACUCCAAUUGCGCUGAACUCAUCAAUUGGACCGUACUGAUACUAAGAAACAGAGGCUGCGACAUGAUUCGCUCAGUAGCUCCACGGCUUCGUCAUAACGCUGCCCUCCCUCGGUCCGUAGCAUCAUGUGCAAGACCUGCUGCUGCUAAUGCCUGUUUCUCGACCGUGGCUCGGCUUGUUCCUUCAACUCAAUCUUCACAAGCCAUCGCACCACGAACAGCUUUCUUCUCGACCUCAAUUGCUUCAGCACGACGCACUUUCGCAACCACCACCACAAGAAUGGCUGCUGGCAAGAGAAUAGAGAGCGAUGCCUUUGGCGAGAUCGAGGUACCGGCGGACAAGUACUGGGGUGCCCAGACACAACGGUCACUGGGUAACUUCGACAUCAACCAGCCCCAGGACCGCAUGCCACCUCCAAUUGUGCGCGCCUUCGGUAUUCUCAAGGGUGCCGCUGCCACUGUGAACAUGCGAUAUGGCCUCCAGCCUGAACUGGGCAAAGCCAUUCAGCAGGCUGCUGCUGAGGUCGCAGAUCUCAAGCUUUUGGACCACUUCCCACUGGUCGUCUGGCAGACCGGUUCCGGCACUCAGUCGAACAUGAACGCGAACGAAGUCAUUUCGAACAGAGCAAUUGAGAUCCUGGGCGGCAAGAUGGGAAGCAAGAAGCCUGUGCACCCCAAUGACCAUGUGAAUAUGUCUGCCUCCUCGAACGACACAUUUCCGACGGUAAUGCACAUAGCCGCUGUUUUGGAUCUAGAGGAGAGUUUGCUUCCUGCACUGAGGAGUCUGCGUGACGCCAUGGACAAGAAGGCAAAGAGCUUCGAUUCCAUCAUCAAGAUCGGCCGUACUCAUCUUCAGGAUGCCACGCCUCUUACGCUUGGCCAGGAGUUCUCCGGCUACGUCCAGCAGCUUGAGAACGGCAUUGCACGUGUCGAAUCCUCGCUUCCCAGGCUCAGGAUGCUUGCUCAGGGUGGAACAGCCGUCGGUACAGGCAUCAACACUUUCAAGGGUUUCGCUGAGGGUAUUGCGGAAGAGGUCAGCAAGAUGACGGGCCACAAAUUCAUCACGGCACCCAACAAGUUCGAGGCCCUCGCUGCACACGACGCCAUCGUCGAAGCCCACGGCGCUCUCAACACUCUUGCCGCCUCCCUCUUCAAGAUUGCACAAGACAUUCGAUUCCUCGGCUCCGGUCCCCGCUGCGGUCUUGGCGAGCUUAAGCUUCCAGAAAACGAGCCUGGUUCGUCUAUCAUGCCAGGCAAGGUCAACCCAACACAAUGCGAAAGUUUGACUAUGAUCUGCGCGCAAGUGUUUGGCAACAAUGCGGCGACUACGUUUGCGGGCUCGCAGGGCAACUUUGAAUUGAAUGUAUUCAAGCCGGUUAUGAUUAGGAAUUUGCUGCAUAGCUCGAGGCUGCUUGCUGAUGGAAUGAGGAGCUUCGAGAAGCACCUCGUCGAAGGCCUGGAAGCGGACGAGGAGCGCAUCAGCAAGAUAAUGAAGGAAUCACUCAUGCUCGUAACGUGCCUCAACCCAAUCAUCGGUUACGAUAUGGCCUCCAAGGUCGCCAAGAACGCGCAUAAGAAGGGUCUUACGCUCAAGCAGAGCGCUAUGGAACUCAAAGCCCUGAGCGAGGCCGAUUUCGACAAGUACGUGAGGCCUGAACUUAUGAUUAGCCCCAAGGAAUACAAACUAUAAAUAUUGGGAUUUGGAUGAAGUUGUGGCUCUUGUCUGUAUUCUAGGAUGCAAAUUGGCUAGACUGAAAAUAGGCGAGGGAAUUGUAGAGCCGCGAAGAGAUGCUGCAGGUUAUGGCAACGGCGUGGUAGAUUGUAUAAACAGCGUAUACCAAAGAUUGUGUACGUGGAAUUUUGGAUAAGCAUAGCGUCUAGAUCUUGAAAACUAUUUUAUCUGCGAUUCCCCUG